AAUUUUGAAAAAUAGAAAAUAAGUUAAGAACUAUUUAUAAACGUAUAAAAAGUUCAAAAAUAUAUUUCUGUUCUGUCUUUUCUCAUUUGUACUACUUUGUUUAAGGACAAAGGAAAUGAUGGAUAUAAACAGGACAAUGCAUAUGGAAAAUAGAGAACAAAAUGGAUAUUGUAUUCAACAGAUUCCUUCAUUUCGUCAGAAUUUAGUACAUAAUCAUCAAUAUUGUUCAUAUUUGAAAGGAAAUAGUAUUAUUUCUAUUGAUGAAUUGGCGGAAUUAAAUCUUAAUUCUUCAGUUAAUACUGUUAUCCAUGAUAUUGGGAUUGCCUCUGAUUCGCAAUUUCCAGCUUCCCGUAAUCUUAAUCUUUCAUAUACUGGUGAUUUCUAUUCUAUAGAUGUUAUGCCUAUAGCAAUUGAAAAUUCUAAAGCUAUUCAGAGCAUGAGUAUGCCUAUUAGAAUGGAUGAUUGUCAAUCUUCUCAAAUUUAUCCCAAGGAUUCUUUCAAAUCGUUUUUUGACUCCAAUUCUGAAAAUAUGAUUUACAAGAAAAUAAAAAAUGAGUCUACUGUUUUUAUUGAGGAUCCAUUUAUGUCUUUUAAUGUUUUUGAUGAUAAAAGGCUUUUGGAAAAAUAUAGAAAGCGUCGUGAAAGCCAUAAUGCAGUUGAACGUCGCCGUAGAGAUAAUAUUAAUGAAAAAAUACAAGAACUUGCUUCUCUUGUUUCGAAAAAUCCAUUCAAGGAUAAAAUAAAAUUAAAUAUGGAUUCGGGAGAUAAGGGUUAUUCUGAUUUUAAACUAAAUAAGGGUGAAAUUUUGCAGCAAUCUGUUAAUUAUAUUCAAUGUUUGCAAAAUUAUAUUAAUGAGUUAAAUUCGCGAUCUAAAUUGCUUGAAAAUGAGGUUAUUAGACUUGGAGGUGACAUAAACUUUGUAAAUAAGAUAAAACCUAUAUCUUAUAUUCCUCUAAAUAUCAAAGGUAUGAGUUCUAAUGAUUGUGACAAUGAUAGUUUUAGCAGCAUUCACUCUAAAAAUGAUUUUUGUGAUGAAUUGGAUGUGGAUUAUUAGUUAUUAUAAUUUUUUUAUGAUAUA